AAAACAUUACUUACCAUCAGUAUUCAUCACUGACCUUGCCGGCAGAGGAGCCGACUGCUCCAACAUAAUGUUUCGUUCGACUGUCGUGGUCCGUGGCAUUUUGCGACAGUCAUCAGUCGGGAGAUUGCGCACUUUACCGUCGAGAUGUAUAUGUACAAAACUCGCACACCAGCAUUUUGCCAGGUCCACCACAUUGAAAUCUGUAGGUCAUCGGAGCACAUUCAGGUCAUGGCAGUCCAGGCGUCUCUACAGUUCAGAUCUGCCGGACUGUUACAAGAUAGUGCUGCCUGCCCUCUCCCCCACCAUGGAGACUGGGACCAUCAUCAACUGGCAGAAGAAGGAGGGGGACAAGGUGUCUGAUGGGGACCUCCUGGCUGAGAUCGAGACUGACAAGGCUACCAUGGGCUUCGAGUCAGUUGAGGAGGGAUUCCUUGCAAAGAUCAUCAUCUCUGCUGGCUCAAAGGAUGUGCCCAUUGGAAAGUUGGUGUGUAUCAUUGUGAAUGAAGAAUCAGAUGUAGCAGCAUUCAAGGACUACACCCCCCAGCCUGGCGAUGACCAGCCCCCAGGGGGAGCCAAGGCUGCCUCACCCCCAGCAGCCGCAGCUCCAGCACCCUCCCCUGUGGCAGCUGCCCCUCCCCCUCCAGUAGCUGCUGCCCCUGUAGCUGCUCCUAUAGCUGCUCCUGUAGCUGCCCCUAGUCCGGGGGGUAGAGUAUUCGCAAGCCCUUAUGCCAAGACGCUAGCAGCUGAGAAGGGGGUGAAUCUUGGUGUGGUCAGUGGUAGUGGCCCUGAUGGUCAGGUUCGAGCCCAGGACGUGCUGUCCUUCACCCCAAGUGCUGCUCCCCUCGCUGCCCCAGCAGUUCCGGGGGCCGCCUUCACAGACAUCCCACUCUCCAAUGUCAGACAGGUUAUUGCAAAGAGACUGACCCAGUCAAAGCAGACCAUCCCCCACUACUAUCUCACAAUAGAUGUCAAUGUGGACCGAGUGCUCAGUCUGCGCAGAGAUUUCAAUGAAUCUCUUGCCAAGCAGAAUGUGAAACUGUCCGUGAAUGACUUCAUCAUCAAAGCCUCAGCUCUUGCCUGCCAGAAGGUCCCCGAGGCCAACUCUUCAUGGCAGGACACUUUCAUUAGGCAAUACAAUUCAGUUGAUGUGAACAUAGCAGUAGCAACAGACAAUGGCUUGAUAACACCGAUAGUGUUUAGAGCUGACGUCAAGGGUUUAUCACAGAUUUGUCAAGAUGUGGCGGUGCUAGCAGCUAAGGCGAGGGAGGGACGGCUACAGCCACAGGAGUUUCAGGGUGGUACUUUCACAAUUUCAAACUUAGGCAUGUUCGGCAUCAAACACUUCUCAGCGGUCAUCAACCCUCCCCAGGCAUGUAUACUAGCUGUUGGUGGAGCGGACAAAAGAUUGAUUGUGGAUGAAAACUCAGAUCAGGGGUACCGAUCAGCCAACAUGAUGUCUGUGACUUUGAGCUGUGACCAUCGUGUUGUGGAUGGCGCUGUAGGAGCACAGUGGUUGGCCGAGUUCCGGAAGCUGCUGGAACGCCCAGAGAACAUGCUGUUAUAGCACAACACAAACGUAGUGAUCUGAACAAAUGUCAAAGUGCUAUAUAAAAUGGAAGAGAAGCCACCUGGCUCAGAAAGUGGUGGGAUGCUUUACCAUGACAUCAAUGCAAUUAGGAACAGUGAAUCCAAUAAAAUGUUAAUUUAACAGUAUUGAUCAUGAGAAAGAACACAUGCAAUUUACAGUAGCAGCUGAAUUGAUUACAGAGCUGAGGAAACUCAACUUAAUAUUACCAAAAUAAGAUAAACGCCCAGUAACUGAUAAUAAAAUUUCAUAAAAGUAGAUCUGAGGUUAUUAUGCUUCUCAGCCUGGCUAAUUCUAUACCAAUAAGCUGUGAUGGCUGUGUAAUGUCACAAGUAUUUGAAUGUAUUGAGUUCACUGCCAGCAUCCACCACUGUCUCGAGCGAGCUGUGGUUGUCCGAGGUGUUUUCAUUGAGUGAACCAAGGUAUAGAUGCAAUGAAUGGAGCACUCCACUGGGGUAGGUGAACGCCUUGUUAAUGUUGUUUGUUAUUGCUUGGCUCUAUAUGCUUGUUACUAACAGCUCAUUUGAAUCUGGUAUAUACAAAUAUGAUUUCCGUGAGAUUAUAGCAGCAUAUUAAGUCUGAAGGAAAUUAUGCAUUUUUUUGUGGGCUUUCUUUCUCCUUUCCCAGUGAUUCAUAGUACAGUUCGGUGCUGUAUUAGUAUGUCUCUUUAUUUCUUGGUCAUUCCGACCCAACAAGUGUACAUCGUCCCAGUGAAACCUCACAUUCAGAUCUCGACUCAAAGGAGCGGCGUCAGUUAGCAGAUGGUGUUUGUAUACUGAGACUACUUAUAGAUUGUGAUUCUGAUGUAUCCCAGGCAUGUGAAGUAUUUAUGUCCCCGUAUUCACCCCUGCUAACACAUCACAUAUCACUGAUACCAACUACAAUAAUGUCUGUAUUGACAACCAGUCUCAUUAAAUACAGAUCUUUUACUGGGAUCUGUGAAAGAUUUGGCCCCAUUCCACAAAGCAAUGUUAGUGCCAAGAUGAUGAUACUCCCUUAGCUUUACAUGGACUUCCUCAUGGGUGCAGUGUUUCAAGCCCUAUUUGGUGUCCCUUGCUGGGAUGUUGCUGGGAUAUUGCUAAAAUAGGAGUAAAUCCGUAGUCAGAGCACUAUUAUCACUUCUUGGAAGGGGCCUGUGUUUAUCGAGACUAUUGACAUCCCUAUGUAUAACUACCAUCCAGAUAGUAAUCUAUGCUUGAAUACGCAGAAAGUGCAUUUAUGAGUUAUGCUGGAGUUAUGGCCUGUUUCCAUGCCUCAACAUCACAUAAGUGGACAAGGCUGGGCUAUGGCAGGUGCUUGUUUCUGUUGGGCGUGAGGUGUGGAAUGGCUGUAGCUGUAGCAUCUCGGGCUGAAUCCAGGCGGCAGGAGUGCUCCAUAAUGUAGGCUACAGGUGUUGAGUGAUGUUACUGUACAUACUGGUGAGGUCCCACACUGUCAGCUACAGUCCACUGGGUUAUGUAACAUGUGAGAUUUAAUUAUGUGUACAUUUAAAUCAGAAUUAAAAUGUUUUAAGUAUU